CUUCCGGAUCGAUGUUUAUUAUUAGUUACGUCGCAAAGAAUUAGAAAAAAAUGGAGGCUCUACCGAGACUCCCGAUGUUAUCAUUUGAUUUAAAACAUAGUCCAGAAUAUGUAGAAUUUGGACCAACGUUAAAACAGUAUAUCAAGAAUCACUAUGGUGAAGAUCCAGCCUUAUAUAACAAACCUUGCACAGACCUGGAACAACUCAGGCAGGCUGCUAUUCAAGUCAGUCGAGAUGUCAUGGGCUGCACUACCUUGAAAAAGUAUUAUGCCCAGCUACAGUAUUUGCAGGGGCGAUUCCCCAUGGGAGAAGGAGAAGAAGCUGCUAUUGCAUUUACAUGGGAAGAUAUACAGACAGGAAGAGAUCAAACACUCUGUGAUAUCAAGUUUGAACAGGCCUGUAUCUUAUAUAAUAUUGGCAGCUUGCACUCUCUGCUGGGUGCUCUGGAUACUGGACAUAAUGCUGAGGGAAUGAAAGUGUCUUGCACCCACUUCCAGUGUGCUGCUUGGGCCUUUGAGUUGCUGCGCAAUAACUUCUGUAGUUCAUCCAUGAGUACUGACAUGAGCUUUGAGCUCUUAAACUUUCACAUUACGUUAAUGCUGGCCCAAGCCCAAGAGUGUAUACUAGAGAAAUCAAUAUUUGACAACAGAAAGAACAGUAUCACAGCCAAAGUAGCUGCCAAAGUUGUUGAAUUUUACAAGGAAGCCUGUGGCCUCAUUGAUCUGGCUGACAGCAAGCAACAGAUUAAUUCUAGGAUGCACAAGGAAUGGAGCAGACGUCUCAUCAUGAAAAAUGCCUUCUACCAGAGCAUUACGUAUUUCUUCUUGGGUCGUGAGGCUGAAGAAGCACAAAAGCCCGGUGAAUGUUUGGCGUACUUAACAGCUGCCAAAGAUGAGCUAACAAAGGCUACCCAACUGGCGAAGAAUGAAGUUCCUGAGGUUCUAGAUAGUUUGCAUUUUGCUAAAGAUGUUAUUCUGGGAAAAUAUGAAUCAGCCAAAAAAGAUAAUGACUUUGUUUAUCAUGCCAAGGUCCCAGCUAUAGAGAGUUUACCUGAGAUUAAAGGGGCAUGUUUAGUAAAAGGUAUACCCUUUGAUCCGACUGAUAAAGAAAUCUCUGGGCCAGAUAUUUUCCAAAAACUUGUGCCGAUGGAAGCUCAUGAGGCCUCCUCCAUUUACAGUGAAGAGAAAGCAAAGUUGUCCAGAUCUGUUAUGGAAGAAGUGGAUCAGAAGAAUAUGGAACUUGACCAGUUUAUGUCCUCGCUGCAGUGUGACGUGGAACAGUUGAUACCUAAACCCAAUCUCAUGCCAGAAAAUUUAAUGGAGAAGUGUGCAGCUAUGAGUGUGCGAGCGAAUGCCAUCAAGGAGCUUACUGACUCUAUGGCUAGUGUGUCUGGUCUUGCUACAGAAGUACAGCUCAGCCUCGAGGAAAUUCAACAGCUGUUAAACGAAGACAAUGAAAAAACAGAACAGAUGGAGAAACAGUAUGGCAAGAAGAAUCCCAGUGCAGUAUUACCUAGACUACAGGAAGAGCUAGCAACUUACAGACAGCGCCACGAUGAGGGCAAUCAGUUGAAUGCAACUCUGCACAAGGCCAUGAACACACACACCAACAACUUGAAGAUGCUGGUUCUCCACCCUUCAGAGAUCAAUAAUCUCCUCCCGUCUGCCCAGCCAGCACUGUCUGUUGAACAAGAGGAAAUAGUGUCAGAAAUAAGGAGGCUACUUCAGAAGGUCAAUGAGAUGAGGGAACAGAGAAAGGCUCUAGUGGAUCAGUUCAGAGAGAAAAUCCACAACGAUGACAUAACCAAUGUUCUGGUUACACAGGAUAUAACAGAUAAAGCGAGUGUAUUUAGGGAACAACUAAAGAAACAUGACCAGGUGGUCACCUACAUCAGACAAAACCUUUCAGCUCAGGACAACAUUCUCAGGCACCUAACUGAUGUCAAUGCUAAGUUUGCUUUGAUCAGACAGGCUUAUAUAGAAGCAUCUACUAAGCGAGACAAGGCUGUACAAGAUUUGAUUCUGUCCUAUGAGAAGUAUGAAGAAUUGCUGGCCAAGUCACAGAAAGGUGUUGACUACUACAAGAAGCUGCUAGAGAAUGUUUCCAAAACUUUGGAGCGUUGCCGCAGUGAGUGCAAGGUGCGCCAUGAAGAGAGGGAGAUGUUGCUUACCAAGUUUGCACCUAAAGUUCCUGCACCAUCUCGGCCAUUAGCUCCUAAACCUGGUUCCAAUACUGAGGCACCUUCAUCCUCCUCGACCAACCCUGAACCUAAUCUGAACCCAUACUUACCAGAUGAAGACUUCUCCUCAUUACCUUCCUUAGACAUGCACUCCUCUGUUGCCUUUCAGAGUUUGCCCCACAGCUUUGAAGGUCCCAAGCUGAAGGACUUUUUGCCAUUCAUGAAACCCAGGAGUUUUGGACCUAAAGGUGGAGCACCAUCCCCUCCAGUUGCUCCAGAAAAUCCUUCCUUGGAGUAUGGGGGUGAUCAGGGCUACCAUGGCUUAGAUCCAAGCCUGGCUUCUGUCCUACCUGCCACACUGGCUCAGUAUUUGGCUUCAAAGUCUUCUGGGAUUUCCACGAUGGCAGGAGGAGCACGACACACUCCAUCCCCACAGAGUUCAGGACAUGGAUCUCCACGUCAUUCAUCAGCCAGUGUUAUGCAACCUGGCUCUUACUUACCAAAUUCUUCUUUAGACACAGCAACACUUCCUCCAGUCCCUUCACUACCACAGAAUAUGCAGGCCCCUAAUAGAUAUAAUCCUGUUGACCAUGGUAGUAUGUCAGAACAAUUUAGACAGUAUUCAGUGAGUUCUGUGCAACCAGGGAGCCAGGUCAAUGCACCUCUUGGAAUCUCCCAGCAACAGCAGCCUUCCAACCCAAUGAACAUUGUUUCAUCCAUUAGACAACCCAUUGUCUCUCCAGCUCUAAGCUCUUUCAACCAAGCUCAGCCACAUGCAGCUUUUUCACAACCCUCAGAUAUGGAGAAGUACCCUCUACAGAUGCCCCCACACCAACCCAUGCCUCCUCAGUCAGGUUAUGGGCAAGCUCAGGAUGUAAAUAAAACCCAGUAUCAAAAUUUCAAUGCUCAUCUGGGUUAUCCAGGGACCUCCAAUCAAAGUGGUCAGAAGCCUUUUAUAGAUCAGGGUCACACUCCUUUAAGCCAUUCCAAUAAUCCACAAGGGCAGAGUCUUCCUGGGCAAAUGGCACCAAAUCAAGGAUAUGCCCCACAAACUUCAGGAGUAAUGGGACAAAAUCAGGGAUAUUUUCCUCAAGGUCCAGGGCAUUUGAUGCAACCCCACGGAUACAUUGCACAGGGGUCAGGGCAAAUGGCACAAAAUCAGGGAUAUGUUACACAAGGACUAGGGCAGAUUGCAGCUGGUCAAGGGACAAUGCAACCAGUUUCUUUGCAAACACCUAGUCAGAUUACAGCUGGUUCAGGACAAGUUUCAUCUAUUCAAGCCCCCACUUAUCCAUCACAUUCUAGUCAAUCUUUCGGCAAUAUGAACUACAAUGUUCAGCAUCAGAAUCCUGUUUCUUCAUUGGGAGACAAGAUUUCCAGCAAUAGUUUUCAGAGCUAUCAGAAUUUUCAACCAGGUAUGCAACCUCAGUACCUUCCCACUGGACAACAAACUUAUCAGUCAGGAGUAGCUCAGCAAACCAAUUCCCCACACCAGAGUCCAACAAAGAAUGCAGAUUAUAGUAAGCAGAUUCCUGUGGUGGGACCCAUGCAGGGGUUAAGACCAGGAGAACCAUGUCAGCCAUGGCUGCCUUCAUCCCAGCCAUCCCAAUAUCAGACCUCUACCUACCAGAAUCAGACUAGCCAGCCUUUUAGUGCUGUCCCUCAGACUGCCAUCAGUGCAGGAAAUCAGUUCCAAAACCAAUUUCAAGGUAAUCAGAGUCUAACACAGAAAGGUCAAGGCCAGACUUACUAUCAAGCCAUGAAUCAGCCACAGCAGCCUUAUAGUUCUAACAUUCCUACAAGCCAACAGGUUCUAGCACCGACUCAGCCUGGUCAGCCAAUUUCCACACAGCAAUCUGCUGGUUUUCAACAGCCUGUUCAUAUAUCCCAGCAGGCUGUGGCAGGAACUUUUCAACCUCUUCAGCAACCAUUACAGGCAGGGGGUCAUGGUCAAAUGCAACAAUUGACCUCUCAGACUCAGCAGUUUCCACAGCAAUUGGCAUUCCAGCCUUUGCAGAAUCCUGGUCAGCAACAUGGGCCAACCCCACCUCCUCAUCAGUCCAGUCAGUCUGGACAGAUAGCUCCAAUGCAUCAGCUGCCUAGACAGAUGGCCCCAAUGCCUCAGCAGUCUGGGCAGAUGGCCCCACUACCUCAGCAGCCAGGGCAGAUGCCCCCAAUGCCUCAGCAACUAGGGCAGAUAGCCCCAAUGCCUCAGCAACCUGGACACAUGGCACCAAUGCCUCACCAGCCUGGACACAUGGCUCCAAUGCCUCAGCAACCAGGGAAGUUGGCCUCAAUGCCUCAGCAACCUGGACAGAUUACCCCAAUGCCUCAGCAGCUUGGGCAGAUUGCCCCAAUUUCUCAAUCUAAUCAGGUGCCCCCGCAGUCUAGACAACUAGUGACACCUCCACAAUCCCAGCCGUUCUCCCAGCAACCACAACCAACACACAUUCAGACUUUGCCAGCUCAUCCGUUUCAACAACAACCAGUGGCAUUAGGACAUUAUGGUGGACAGCCUGUUCUACAGCCUCAGGGCUUUACUUCAAAUAUCUCAACAGUUCCAGCUCAACCAGCUGUCCAUCAACAGAUGCCUCCACCUCUCCAACCAAGCAGCAUGUCCACUGCAGUGAGACCAUCCACACCUGUGCAAGCCAUCACACAGCCACCUGCUGCAGUCAGCCAUGGCCCCAGCACACCAACCUCACCCACAACUAACAGGAUAUCAGUUUCUAGGCAAAGCUCAUCCCUGGAUGACAUUUUGUCCUCCAGUCCUAAUGCAGGAGUCAAAGACACAAUUAUCACACCUCAAGUUCUGACAGAUCAAGAGAGACAACUUCAGAAAGAGGAAGCACUAAAGAACCAAGCAGUGAGCCAAACCACAGAACCCUAUUCUAGUCAGAGUUCCUUAAAGAAGCUCCUGGAGGAUGUAGAGGCUUUUGGCAAAUUUGUAGAUGAGCUUUCAAUUACCAUACUUGGUGUCUCACGCCUGGACACACUUUGGAAGAGUUUACUAGAUAGUCAAGAUGCUGCAACAAAGAAACAGUCCAUGGCCAUAGCUAGAUGUUAUCCCAUCAAGAACAGAGACCCAGACAUAAUGCCUUAUGAUGACACUAGAGUUGUGUUGACAUCCACCAAAGAUGAUUACAUCAAUGCCAGUUGGCUCAAUGAUCUAGCUCCAUCUUGCCCCAAAUUUAUCACUACCCAAGCCCCGAAGACUUUGACAAUAUCAGAGUACUGGGCCAUGGUGUAUGAACAAGGUUCAGAGGUUCUGGUACAGAUCACUAGUGAAUAUGAAACUGGAAAGAAUUUCCCAGUUUACUAUCCUGUGGAAAAAGACAAGAAUAUGGAGCAAGGGGUGAUACUCUUGUCUCUUCAGUCUGUCAAAUUCAGACAAAACUGGGUGGAGAGAAUUUUAUAUCUCAAAAAUACUCAAACCAAACAAGGAAGAACUUUAGUUCACCUGCAGUUUAAAAAUUGGCCAGUCAGUGGUUUCCCUGAUGAUGUCAGCAGUAUCUUAAGCUUUAUCUCUGAGGUGCACAGCUUCUAUCUUCAGCAGAGAAGUUUAACUAAACCCAUCAUAGUGCAUUGUGGCUUGGGUAUUGGACGCACUGGUGUGUUCACCUUAGUCUAUGCUGCCGUGCAAGAGAUCUUACAUGGCAAUGGUUUAGUUGACCUGCCAGGUCUGGCCAAACGCAUGCUGCAGAAGAGACGAGGCAUCUUGAAUAAAAAAGAGCAAUUAAAGUGCUGUUAUGAUGCAGUGCUUUAUUUCUCAGAGGAAUAUUUAGAGAAACGUGGGAUGCUUGUGAAAAAUCCUCACUUUAAGAAGCAGAUGCCUCGUCAGUCACCCAAACAUCAAUCCCAUCAGACCCCUGCAGCUGACGACAUUGUUCUAGGUACUGUGGACCUGCAGACCAUCAGAGAGAACGUGGGCAAGCUACAUGUUCAGACCUCAGAAGUUAACAAGCGGGAGGAUGUGGCUGCUGAGCCCACAAACCUAAGCAAGAGGUCCUCCAUCACCAGUUUACCGGAUGUUGUCCUGCAGUACAAUGAGCCUAGCCUCGGGGAGAAAUCUUGCAGUAGCAGCUACGGAAGUGAUCUGUCCAGCGUUGGGCUUCAGAAUAUGCACAUUGAUAUUGGGGCUCCUCCUGUAGCCCAGCAUGACCAAAAGAGUGAUUCAUCAAAACCCCCAACAGCCAAGCACUCGAUCAGCGAUCAGACUUUAAAUGGUCAGAAAGAUCCCAGUAGCCUCCCUGUUUCACUUGCCCAACUGCAGGACCCAGCCACCUUCACCAUGGGCUCGCCUGAUGCCAAGAAGAGAAAUAAAAUUACUAAAGCCAACUUCAACCAGUCCCAAGGUUCCCUUCAGAGUGGUCAGUCAGACCCAGGAGACCCACUGGGCAACUUAGACCCGCUGUGGACAUUAACCAAAAAAUAAACUGAUUUGCUAUAAUAACUUAUUUUAAUGUCCAAUUUUGGAAAUUUAAUCGAACAAACUCAUUAUGUCACUUGUCAUAGUUGCUCUAUUACAGUGCAGUCAAAGCUCAUUAUUUAAAACCUUUGUAGGAAUGUUGAAGUUUGACAAAGCUCUUGCUGCUCAGAAUAAAAAUUACAUUUGAAAUAAGAUGGGUUCUUAUUCAAGGAAACUAGAUAUUAUAGACUUAGACUGUUCUGUUUUGUGAGUGCACAAUAACAUGAAUUGACCACUUUUGAACUUACUUCAUGUGUAUAUUUUUAUUGUUCAGAUUCAUCAGUCUUUCUGGUCUAGAUUCAUGGCACUUGACAGAACAAAUCACAUGACCAUGAACUAUCACAUACGUCAUUGUGUGGCGCUUCUGUUUAAGGCCAUGUUUCAAGAUAUGCUAUUUAUAUAUUGCUCCUAGGUGUAGCCACUUGUUUGUUUGCUUAUUUCAUUCAUAUUGUGAGCUAGUUCAUAUUUUGUUGUGGUUUCUCAUUGAAUUGAUACUAUCAUACACACACCAUUGUUCAAUCAGCCAUUGAAUUAGAUGCUGGCUAAGGAUUGGUAAAGGGAAACUUCCUUGUUUGUUUCUUGAGUGUUUAAUGAUAUCUCCAUUUUGCACUAGAUAUUUGCAUUUUAAUGUUUAAACUGCAGGUUACUUAUGAAUCAUUGGUAAAAAUGUUAUGCUUUUAGUUUGUGUUGGAGAUAUGAAAGCGGAAGUCAAAAGUUUUCUAAAUUUAUAAUUUGCAGACCUUACUUUGCUGUUGUGGCUGAGUGGGAAAAUUCUUAGUUUCCCAAAUGAUUGUCUAGUGAUUAAAUCCAGGGAAAGCCUAGAUUUUUUUGGGGAAGAGAUGCAAUUAAGUCAACUCAAAACGUUUUCAAGGAAAAUAAAAUUGAUUGGUUGUGACACUAGUCACUUAGCACCUUCAUGAACACUUAAUGUUAGGUCUGAAUGGGAAAUACAAAUAUAAAGUAAAGGGCUCAAACAAAGAGUGUUGCAUUUAUAGGUUAUAUGUAUAUAUAUAUAUAUAUAUCUAUACAUACAUUAAGGUAACACUUGAUGGAAAAAAUUUUAGUAAGAGAAAAUGGUGAAUUAAAUGUGGUCAAUUUAUGGAAACUUCUUACCAGGGCAAUAACCACAGAACUUUGAAUUAAAAUCUCAAGCAGCAAUAAAAACGAGAUGAACACAGCAAAGUUGUCGAAAAAAAAAAUCUGAUCUGUUGUGUUCCCCAGUCCUGCACUGGCUAAUCAGAGUUUAACAACGGUCUCACCACACUUGCAUCACCAACAAUCUUAAGAGAGCGGACACAAACAUGUUGUCACAAGGCUUUUCUUUUGACUCACUAAGGCCCUGUUUUUUAAUUUUAUAUCUCUCUAGAAAACAACAUCAAUAAGCAAAUAAAAGAAGGUUGAGUAGUUAAAAGUUUAGCUGAAGUCGUAACAAGUUUGAGGCUGCACUGAAAUAACCAAUAAUGUUUAUUAUUAUCAGAAAGAUCCUUUUUUGGAGGAAUCUAGUUGUGUACUGUGUUGACUUUGUUGGUAUAAUUGUUAGUGCCAAGGUUAGUGCCUGGUCAGGAGUUACCCUUAUUUUGACAUUUAAUUCAUAAUUUUCUUUCAAUACAAAAUAUUAUACCCAUCAUGAAGGUAACAUGUAGGCAGCCUCAAUUGGAAACUACUUACUUAGAAUUCCUAAACAUAUGAAUGUAAAAUCUUACACACUUGCUUUUGUAGCCUGCAUUAUUUAUUCUGUAUUGUAAAUAUCAAUCUCAGCAUAUACCGAUACUGUUCAGACAUGACCCAAGUACUGCACUUUUACAUUAGCUAAAAACCAGGUGAUGAUAGUUUCAUGUGCAAUCUAGGCCCUAAUUUCUUCUGACACCAAGUAGACUCUAAUUAGCCAGUGUUUUGUAAAGUUAUUUCAAAUUUUUAUUUGUCAAUGUCUUUAUAAUCUUAAAAGCUAUAUGCUCAUCACUUUGCUUUUCAUAUUAUUGUGUAGCCAGUAAAUCUUUGCAUGUAAAUCAAGUGAUAUUAAUCUAAAACACCUUUAAUUUAUUGACCACUAUUUCUCAGUUACAACAGCUCAACAGGUCUCUCAUUCCCAUUUGUUGUAUUGAUUUUGUAUACAACUGUAUACUGCCUGCCAAUGAUUUUCAGCAUCACUGUGUUCACUUGAUAAACUGUUAACUUAAAUUCCUAGAGUGUAUAUGAUUAAUUCAUACUUUUUUUUUAGAAAGGUGAAUCAUCUCUAAAUUGUUUCUAAAAUUUAGUGAAUCAUUUUAAAAUAAAACAACUUAAGUUUGGUAUAGACCAAGGUGAUUAUACAAAAUCAGGAACACUGUCAUGUAAAGUCACAUUUCUAUAAAAAUUAAAUUUGAUAAGUAUUUAAUUAUUUUUUUUUUACAUUUUAAAUAGUUUUUUUUUUAUCCUAAGCUCUAGUUUGCUGCCAACUUUGAAUAUUUCCAUUUUGUAAAUUUUAUUUAAUGAGUUGUAAUCAAACUUGAUGCUUCGUGUAUCUACUGGGACAAGUGCAAAAGUUUCCAUUGCUCACUGUUAGACUAUUAAUCUAAAGAUUGUGCACAUUUCUGUUUUCUUUUACCAAAUUAUAUUGAAGUUGUUGAACAAAGUUGUAGUGUUCAUUUUGAUUUUAUUGUACUGUUUGAACUAUUCCCUUUGCCCAUAGUUGACACAUUAAAUACCAACAUGUGGAAGUAGCAAUGCCAAAUGACUGGCUAUUCUUCACUUCAUGACAAUGUCACCUCUCACAUUUCUUUAUGAUUUACUAGGCCUGUCAUAGUUCUGGGCCUUACAACCCUGAUGUUUGCUUAGGACAUAAUUAUUUUCUCUUUUGACAUAGGACGUAAUUAUCUUCUCUUUUGAAGUAACGUCUGUAAUUUAUAAUAUAUCAAACCUGUCUUGGGUCUCUCGUUGUAAACACAAAUUCUAGAACAUAAUUUUGGUUCAGAGAAAGUUGUCUGCAAGGAAUGAAGUUAAACAUUGAACCAGGCAGUUGUUUAGUAGAAACAUUUUUGAUCUAUCAAGGUUUGGCUGUUGUGAUAUUGAUUACAAUAUUCAAAGUGGAUCACACAAAUUAUUAUUUUUUUUUUUUUAUUUAUUUUCUUGUCUUUGUUGUUAUCAGAAACACUUGAAAUAUCUUAACAAAUAAGACAAAUGUAAAACAUUUAUGGAGUAAAUAGUUGUUUUUAUAUUGUAAAAAUCUUUAAAAAAAAAAAAGAAUUUGUAAAAAAUUAUUCUUAUGCGAAAUUUGUAUGAAGUUUUUGUGAAAAAAAUGGUCAUUGAAUAAAUCCCUUACCUAAAUUAUGGGAUUGUUUACUUUUAAACUUGGCAUCACUUAUGUAAAAAAACAAACAAAAAAAAAACAUUCCAAAACAAAUGUUUUCAAGUGUAACAUAGUCUUAAUGUUGAAAAUGUUUUUGUAAUGUUUUCAUGUCCUUGCUCUUCUAGGUUGGCCAGUUUGGUUUUAGCGUUUUGUUGUUUUCAAUAUUUUUUGUGUAAUAAUAAUUGGCAAUACUGUAUCGUCAUGGAUAAAAAAAGAAAAAUAGUUACAACUGAGUGCCUCCCCUUCUGUCAAUAUUAUCUACACCCCAACUAAAAAAAAUUUUUUUUUUCAUUUAUUCACAAUCACAGUCUAGUUAAUUAAACUUAAACCACUGAUUUGGCAGGUCUUCUCACAGCGUGGGGGGAGCCCCAUCCAUGCAGUUUUUUUUUAAAUGCAUCUUGUAAAUGUCUUUGAAGGUUUUUGGCAUGUGGGUAGAAGGCAGAGGGGCGCACACACACACAGUUUUCUGGGACCCAACUAUUUUUGACAGCGGGCAUGUAUGUAUUUGGACAAGUAGUGAUACAGUCUGCUUAAUUCGGUUGUGCCAUUAGACCAGAACUUUGUGACCAAUGUCUUUGUCUCUAUCAGGUUUACUUUUCUGACAUUUAUUGUCUGAAGAGGUUCUAAAAUGUAUAACAACCCAGUGUGAACAAAUUUGAAUGCAGCAAUGCUGUCAACUAAUAAAAAACUUCUCUUCA